AUGUCGGGGCUUUUUGAUGCGCACAAAGUCGGUUUGCCGAAGGACUCUCGUUCGAGGCCGAGGAGGAAGGAGGAUGACUUGCUUGUCUUUGGCUAUGCGUGCAAAUUAUUUGAGGACUAUGAAAAGGCUGCGGCCUUUGAUCCAGAAAAGAGCUUGAUACCAUGGAUGGGUGAUGAAUCCCUACGUAUCGACAGGUCUGUUCAAUUAUAUUUUGAUUAAAUGUAAUAAAAGCUGUGUUGAAAUCACGUUUUGUUGAUGUUAUUAUUGUUGUUGUGAAUGGAGGUUUCCUCCGCGAUUUGUUUCAGAAAUAUCUCACAUGGAUUUGCCCUUUACACUCGAGUAAAGGAGAUUGAAGUUUUAUAUAUUUUCACGGAACGUUAAAGAAUGUAAAGACGAUCGAUAAAAACUUUUGAAAUCCACAUUUUAAAAAGCCGAAAGAUGGAAGUUCUGAUCUGAAACAAGGAAUUGAGAGCUUUUUAAAAUGCUUUUUUCUUUUGCCCAUAUUGGAACACUGACGGCAGUAGAGACAAGGUAAGUUGGUUGCAUCGGGACAAGAAACCAGUUGUAUGAUAUGUAAGUAUAAAAUAAUCGUUUGAUAACAAUUUAAUUACAGUAAUUACAUCAGCCUAUCUUUAAUUCUGACAGUUUCUCUAUAAUUGCACAUGUGACACAAUCAAGUGGAGGGUUAAAUAUAAUUUGUUCCAAAAAGAAACAGAAAAGCUGAAUUGGACAAAGAUUAGCAUUUUCAAGGAAAGGUUAUCUUAAAAAGUUUUCCACUGUAUUAUGAAUCUACCACUGGUCCAGUUUUGUAGGUACAUGUUGCUGUUAUGUUGAUUACAACACGCUAAUAGAAGGCCAAUGACUUUGUUUUAGAUAUGAUGCUCGUCUGCACCUCACUGACAAAGCACAGUUUAUUGCCAAAUCGUCUGAUGGAGUUCCUUCACUUACACCUGAAGAAGAGGAAAUAGAGAGAUUGUGUGAUGAAGAAAGAUACAUGGAUCUCAACCGUGAUAUGGAGGAAUAUGAGUCCCAGCAAGGUAAGUUUAAGCAUGCAUUCAUUCAUUUAUGAGGUACUGAAGAAUUUAAAAUUUAUUCUGUUAAAUGUGGCUAAUCCCUUACCUAACAUGAACAGCCAAUGUUUUUCCAGAAUUUCAAGUGUAAAAUAUUUCUAGUUUGUCUACAAAACCAGCUUACGGACAAUCAAUUAUUUAUAGUUCACUGGAUUGCCUCUAUGCUGAAAGCACUUUGAUAAAAUAAUCCACGGAAGAUGGCUGUCAUAGAAUUUUCCAGAAAUAUAAAGACGCUUGUUGCUAUUGACAUUAUUUUAUUGUGCAAUUAUAAAAAGCUGGCCUAGGGUUUUAGAAAACCUGUGUUUUGGUGUGCAGAACACACACACAACUGUUAAAACUUGACAUGUUUUUGGUGUAAACAGUAAGUGGUUCAGUUUAGCCUGUGAACAAGCUCUCUGUUUGGGGAAAGGGUGAAAAAUCGCAAGGAGAGGGAAGAGAAAGGAGAGCCUGUAGACAAUCAUUUGGGACCGCUAUUCUGCCUUCUUGUCUUGUAAUUGCCGAUCAUCUGUCAGCAAGAUCGUUAUCUGUCACCUGGAUAUAUUGGAAUGUAAUUGAUUUCACGUGUAAAAAGGGGGUUGGUAGGCAACCCACAAUUUUUACCUCGUGCCAAAAUGCUGCUUAUUCCAAUGAGUUUUUUCUCUGGAGGGUAGAUUAUGCUCUGGAGGGUUUAGUUUUAACUGAGAAAAUGUGAUUUUUGCCGCUUAUUUCUUCCUUAGAGGUCGUGACACGCAUAUUGAUUUUCUGCGGUUAUUGUUUCUGGUCGGCGUGACUUGCCCUCUGAUGCAAGAACAUUCAUUGCGGCUAAAAAAGCUCAUCAGUCAAGCACCAGAACUCGUCUGCACCUCACUGACAAAGCACAGUUUAUUGCCAAAUCGUCUGAUGGAGUUCCUUCACUUACACCUGAAGAAGAGGAAAUAGAGAGAUUGUGUGAUGAAGAAAGAUACAUGGAUCUCAACCGUGAUGUGGAGGAAUAUGAGUCCCAGCAAGGUAAGUUUAAGCAUGCAUUCAUUCAUUUAUGAGGUACUGAAGAAUUAAAAUUUAUUCCAUUAAAUAUGGCUAAUUCCUUACCUAACUUGAACAGCCAAUGUUUUUCCAGGAUUUCAAGUGUAAAAUAUUUCUAGUUUGUCUACAAAACCAGCUCAUUUUUCAACUGAACCAAUUUACAGACAAUAAUAGUUCACUGGAUUGCCUCUAUGCUCAAAGCACUUUGAUAAAAUAAUCCAUGGAAGAUGGCUGUCAUAGAAUUUUCCAGAAAUAUAAAGACGCUUGUUGCUAUUGACAUUAUUUUAUCGUGCAAUUAUAAAAAGUUGGCCUAGGGUUUUAGAAAGCCUGUGUUUCGGUGUGCAGAACACACGCAGAACUGUUAAAACUUGACAUGUUUUUGGUGUAAACAGUAUGUGGUUCAGUUUAGCCUGUGAACAAGCUCUCUGUUUGGGGAAAAGGUGAAAAAUCGCAAGGAGAGGGAAGGGAAAGGGUGAGAGCCUGUAGACAAACAUUUGGGACUGCUAUUUUGCCUUCUUGUCUUGUAAUUGCCGAUCAUCUGUCAGUUAUCUGUCACCUGGAUAUAUUAGAAUGUAAUCAAUUUCACGUGUAAAAAGGGGGUUGGUAGGCAACACACAAUUUUUACCUUGUGCCAAAAUGCUGCUUAUUCCAAUGAGUUUUUUCUCUGGCGGGUAGAUUAUGCUCUGGAGGGUUUAGUUUUAACUGAGAAAAUGUGAUUUUUGCUGCUUAUUUCUUCCUUAGAGGUCGUGACACGCAUAUUGAUUUUCUGCGGUUAUUGUUUCUGGUCGGCGUGACUUGCCCUCUGAUGCAAGAACAUUCAUUGCGGCUAAAAAAGCUCAUCAGUCAAGCACCAGAAGAUGCCAUGUUAAAGAUUGGAAGACCUGUUUACAAGCGAUUAUUUAAAUCAAAUGGCAUGCUACGUGCAGGGUUGUCACUAAGGGCCGAGGGCCAGGGAUUUCCCCCGGCUACUCAGAGCAUGGCCCCCGGCUACUUUCGUCGUUAAAUUAAACCAAAAGAGCACACCUUUGAAACACACAAAGACUAUCCAUCAAACUAAAUGUGAGUUUCAUCUGCAGCAGGUUUAAGUAAUUCUGAAAUACUCGCGUGCAAAAACUAAGAAACGUCGGAAAAAGACAUCUGACUUAGAUUUGGUACUAGUACACACGCGCGAAAACUCUCCGUUCGCGAAAUGUCAGUAGGAAGUUUUAGCAACGAUGACGGCGACGGCAACGAGAACCUCAAAAAAGCAAUAGGUUUAUUGAGCAAAACAACUAGUUUGCACGUGCAUCACGCUUUUUUGUACUUUUCUUUGCCAUCACUGCACCACUACGACGUGAAAAUGUCUAGUUUCACGUUUUAUGGAGGACGUAAAACAAGCGACGACAAACUUUUCUUUCUCUUUCUAAACUUGAGUGUGCCCAAAGAAAUCAACUGCAGGGAAAUUGGCCUACAUUAGCUAUUUUCAGCGAAUUGAAAUAAGUUGAAAAAAAAGUUGGAAAAAAUGCAAUUCANUUGAGUUACCAUUCAAGUGAAACCUCUUGAAUGGUGCAUUCACAUAGUUCAGUUUGUUUUUCAAUAUUUAAAUAUGGAAAUCUGGGAAUAUGAUUAAAGCGGUUAAACCAUGUUUAACUUUAAUUUAAACCAUGUUACAUUAUACCUUUUAACAUUAAACCAUGUUUAACUAAACAAGUUUUAGCUUUGCCCUGAACAGACUUAACAUUCAUCUGCACUUUUCAUGUUAUUAGACUUACUGUAACAAGCACAUAUAAUGUAGAUUACAAAAAGCGACAAUGUAUAUUGUAUCCUCUUUCUAGGAUCAAUGUUAUACAAAACUCAACAAGACAGUUCUUUUCCUACGUCUGAUGUCCAGAAAACAGUGUUACCCCCUGCUCCUCUUCCUGCUGUAGUUGCUCCUCCACCAGAACCUUUUGUUCCCCCAGAUGAGCUGGAAAUACCGCAGGGAAUGGAGAUUGUAAGUACUCAGUCCUGUUUACAAGUUCUUUGCUCUGUCAUUUUUAAAUGUUCAUGAUAAUACUUUAAUUUUCUUUAUCAAGCUUGUUUUCUGAUACUCUGAUGACUUUUAUUUCGCAGUUGAGAAAGCAACAAAUUUUUUACCUCAUAUAUACUGUUGUAAAAAUAAUUAUCUUGGGUUCACAGUUUCCUGAGAAGUUAAUCUUUCUCUGGAAAAUCUGUGAUUUCAGGUCAAUCAGCAACACAGAGGUUGGCAAAAUUAACUGCUUCUUGUUGUGUAUAUAGUGGUUCAAAUUAUAUUUUCCUUUGUUUGGGGGUCAGGUAGUGUGCAUGUUGUACAAUAAUGAGUUAAAAACAAAGGAAAAUGAAACUUGAGCCAUAGACAAAAUUAAACUACAUGUAUGAUGAGUACAUGAAUGGGUGUGUAAACAUAUAUAAAUAACAGUUUGUAGAAAAUUUAAAAAAAAACACUCACUUUUUUUUUGUUUUAAUUAGCCAUUUCCGAGUUCCAAAGGCUCUCACUUUCAAAAUGAGGCUAAGUGCCAAACUUUUGUUGUAAAAAUGAGCUUUAUUUGCAUGAGAAUUGAAAAAUCAUUUUCACAUCAAUGGCUUUGCCCUUAGCCUCGCUUUGAAACAGAGGCUUGAGGCCACUCAGAAAUUGCCUUUGUGUAUCCAGCAGGCACUAUACUAACUUUUCAAGACAGUCUGUUUCUUUAGUAGGAAUUCAGCUACAUUCACUAAGAGGUGCUUAUGCAGGGCAGAGUCUUCAAACACAAAUGUAAUCACCUGGACAAGUGUUUAUUUUCAAUUUCAGUCUAAACCUUCAAACUGUGCUGUGCAUUUCUUAGAACAUAUAGGGGUUGGAAAAUGUUGCCAACUUUAACUUACCAUAAACACUGGCAGACCAUAAGCCACCCUUCCAUAUGAAUAGCAACCUGAGUGAAGAAGCUUGAAAUUGACUAAAAUUUUGAGUUGUCAAAGAAGCCUUUUUUUAAUUAAAAAAAUAAAGGCUUUAAAAUUUAAUUAUGACAGUCAAACUCUGUCUAUGCAAACAGUCAAUUUUUAAAAUGAUUUAACUACAGUGUGGAAUUAAGGUAUGGCUUAUCUGCUGUUGUUUUUGGUUAUCUUAAGAAUAGUUUGGAACUAAAAAUAAAUAUGAGGAAUGCAUGGCUGUUGUGGGAAUGGACUUUCUAAUGUGAGUCUGUGUUAUCAUGUGGUAUUUCAUUUUUGCAGACUGGCGAGUUUAUAUUUUGUGGGAAUAUGUUUCUUAGUGGGAAUUAAUUUUUGUAAUAUCUUAAUGUUUGUGAAAGUAAAAUAGGUUUAACCUUGGUGUUAAUUUUUCUGGAAAUUUGUAAUGGAUUAUGGGAAAACUGAAAAAAUCACAUAGCUCCCAAAAGUCUAGUGGGACAUGAACUGUAGAUGGCAUGGGAAGGCAUUGACAUGAUUUAUCUAUUCUUUAAGAACUUUUUAUUUAUGUUCCAAGGUUUAAAAUUUUAGAGCCUGUGUAACUUGUUGUGGCUGAGGUUUUUACAGCAAUAGUGGUUUGUUAAUAUAACUUCUGUUACUUCACGUUUAGCCUGAAACAGCUAAAAUGCAAGCCAUUAUUGAAAGGACAGCUGCCUUUGUUGCGAAGCAAGGGAAACAAAUGGAAAUCUUGGUUAAAGCCAAGCAGUCAGGAAAUCCUCAAUUUGACUUUUUACUCAUGGAUAAUUGGUUAAACCCUUACUACAAGCAUGUGUUGGGAUAUAUAACGGAGGGAAAGUUUACUCCAGAAAUCCCGCAACAGCCAUCGACACAGCCUCAAGAAGAAGAGAAAGAGAGUGAUAGCAGUGAGGAAGAGUCUGAUGGAGAAUAUGAACUACAUCCUUUGUUACAAGCAUCACUUCACAAAAAGGUAACAAGGUCACGGCCAACAUCAGCAUCAUCAUCACCAGUACCUCUUGGUAACAAGUUUAAUCGCACUUUUGCACCAGUGACAAGUGGAUUGUCAUCUACAGCUUUCCCCCAUGACCACACCAACAAUAACAAUGCACAUGUGAGCAUUGUUGAUGAGGAAGUUAAUUACAGUAUGUGGUACCCACAAGGUAUGUGUGCCUUUUAAGAACUUUUCAUUUUGAACUUCUCUCAUGAAGGUCUCAGGAAAGUUCUGCCCCAACUGUAGACCUCAGGUUCUUAACUACACUGCUUUGAAAUGAACGUUGUACACUACAGUAGUUGAAGAGUAUGUCAGAUUAACAUUUUUAUGGAAAUUGUCCCAUGUGCUUUCAAAUCAGAUCAUAAUCUGCAUGCCAACUCACUUUAAAGUACAUUUUAAUAAGAUAAGCUCCCACCAUUUCUAAAGACACUUCUUAUUGAUAAUUACAGUAAUACAUUUGAAAUUUAAGUCCACUGAGUGCAAACCAGUGCUGUUGUUAGCCCAUGCACACAAACAAUAAAACUGAACUGGAUAUUAUUUUAAGUCCUCGAGACAUGCUUCUUCACCAAAUGAUCAUCUCAAUUUACUUGUACAUCAGGGUCAUAGUCCUCAUUUCCAGCAUCAUGACCUAACCACUACCACCACAACCCUCAACAGAGAUUAGAUCCUGUGUUGCUGUGUUCCCUUCUUUGGACUAUGACUAGUGUUCAUUGGAAAGAGUUAUUCCCCAAAUUAAGGAGAUUAAAUAUGCAGUGUUUGUUUGUUUCUUUGGUUGUGGCUGGGACCAUCACUAAGUGUCCACUGGGACAGUAGAGGGUUUCCGCCUACUGGAGAUGCCCAUAACUGAUACAGUGUAACCGCGUUAGACACCAAUGGAUGCCAAAAAUUUGGCCGUAGCAGCAUGCAAAGAAAUUAGUGUCCGAUAGCCUGGGAGUGGAUUUUUCUAUCAGGCUAGUGAAUUCUGUUAUUAACUUGCCCGAUGGACAAGUGAAGUUUUUUGAGGAAUUCAAAUUGCAGAAGAAAACUGUGAAAUCAAUCUGCUCAUCAAAACGUUUUGGGGGCUAGUUGAAAGGAUGUUUGGGCUAGUAAAUGUUAGCUGCAGCUUGCCCGAAUGGCAGGCUGUAAAAGUGACUUUCUGCGCACCCUGUGUAGGAACAGGGUGGUCAUAUUACCAGACAGGGUAAAAUUUCAUAAGUUAAAUGCCGUAAUGAAAAACACACCAUACAUCGCAUUCACACAUCUUGAACAACUGUUCUCUUUAGAAAACAACCAGAAUGUAGAUCUUGCGUACAGUAAUAUUUUAAAAACUACUUGAAACCUUUCUUCAGUACAUAUAACACUUUUAAAAAAUUGGCUAUAACACCGCCAAAAAUGCAUCUUAAGUGUACUGUUGUCUAAAAACAAUAUGCAAGAACAGGCUUAGCUUACCUGGUCAAUGAGACUGACAUGUCACAGGCAUUUUAAUUUUACUAAAUUUCGAAUGAGUGGCCAUAUUAACAGGGUAAAAGUAUAAAAGAUUUUACUGUUAGGGAUUUUGAAUUGUGGCCAUUGGCCAUGUUAAUGGGUGACCACAUUUACAAGGUAUUUUUAAAAGAAAAUGUAUGGCCAUUUUGCUAGGCCCAAAAAAAUGAACUAAUAUAUUUUUUGUAUUUCAGACGAUAUGUAUGGGCAUUAUGUGUCAUCUGCUGGUUACACAUACCACCCCCCUGUGGUACCUGUUCUCUCAGUUGCUGAUAUGAUUCCACCUCCUCCACCACCCCCUGGGGAGGGACCCCUAGAAGGUAAAUCAGUUUAUUUGCACUUUUUCCAACAGACUAUAAUCCAGAUGCACUGUAUGGUCAUACUAAUCGAUCACUAACAAACAUAAGAAAAAUAAAACACAAUCUACACUGACAGUGGGAAUGCCGAGAAGCUUUUGGAACAAUUUGUUUAAUUGGCUAAUGAAACAUAAACAGAAAGUACCCCUAUCCCUAAAAACAAUAGCAGGUAUGUUUUCAACAGCCAGUGAAAAUAACAGGAGCUUUAAUGCUCCAAGAAUGCGUUGUUGGAAUGUAAAUGUACAAACAAGUAAUUAACUAGAGAAGUGCACUUAAGCAGAAUCAAAUGACUGAUGUUUUUUAUUUAUUUUGUUUAGUUUACGAUGUUAGUGCUCAGUUCUUAUGGCACAUAUUGUCUAGCUGAAUAAGUUAGUGAUCCAGUUUCAAGUUUGCUUAAGUAGGUAGUGUGUUAAAAAUGUCAGAGAUACCAAGUAGUGAUCUCUUUAGUACACACCUACCCUGUUUCCAGAGGAUUUUCUUUAAAUUUUCCCCGCACAAGAGCAGUGUUUUCCUUAUCAGGAGGUAACCAGUAAAAUUUACUGCCUGAAGCAACACUUCUGACUGUCUGCAACCACUUGAGGGGUUGCUAAAAUUAAAUAUGUAGUUUAAAAAAUAUGCAAGUUGUGAUCCGAUCUGAUUCUCACAAGGAAAUGAAUGAAUAUAUGGAAAAGUACUAAAGUUUACACAGCUUUUCUUUUUCUGGGCCACACAUUUUGGAAAGAGAACAUUGAAGACAGAGUAAAAUUAUUUGAAGUAAAUGUUUUAAAUUGUUGUCUAAAGAUGACAACCGCCAAUUUGCGUAAAAUAGGUCUUAAAGUGUGGGAAUGAAGUUUCAGAGAACUUAGUUCCUAAAUUUCCCAGCGAGAGCGGGGCCAUUUUGAAGAAUUUGACUUAAGCCAUCUCUUUGACCAUGAUUAAAGGAGCUGUGUUCACAAAAUAUAUCAAAACUCAAAUGGUGGCAACUGCCACGAAAUUGAAUGAAACACAAAAUACAAAAGGAGGCAUGGAUGAAGAAGAUUAAAACAGAUUGUGAUAUUGUGGUUGUUGAAAGCUUGUUAGGUAAAGCAGUUUCUUAAUGUUCUCUUUAGUUGUUUAUAACGUUUGAUAAGGCUUGACAUAUUGCUUGGGAGACUUAUUUGUUGGACUUAAAGCUGUGGUUUUGUCGUUCGCAAGUAAUUUCUCAAGUUCUAUAGCGAACAAGGAUGCAUAGUUGGCGUUUAAAACAAAAUGAACUAGACAGCUGUGGUACAUACCCUUUAAGGCUUAGUUCACUUUUACUAAUCCAGACAUGCUUUUUUCACAGAGGAGUGGUUGGAGUUUACAUCAUCAGUACCCCCUCUGCCGCCCCCGCCCCCACCACCAGUACCUCCAGCACUGUUUCUUCAUGAUGGUGUUGAUAUCUCAGAGGCUUUGCCUCCCCCUGAUCCCACUGGGAUGUCUACAAUGCCACUAGGCACACCACAGGUUAUACCACCUCCCCCUGACCUACAACCCAUUGUGGACAAGCUGGCAAUUUAUGUUGCCAAAAAUGGUCCUGACUUCGAGUCGAUCAUCAAAGCCAAGAAUGAUCCUAGGUUUGAGUUCUUGAAUCCGUGGAACACCCACCAUGGUUAUUAUAACCUCAAGAAACAGGAAGCACUAGCAAAUCAACAGCUGCAGCAACAAUCAGCCACAUCUGAAGGUAAAGAACAUUGAUAAAAGGUAUCAGAAUAAAGGGACGUGUUACAGUCAGGGUUUGCAAAUUUUAUUGAUGGGUGAAGUCAGUGUGACUUCUGCUUCACAAAUUUUGGAUUCAUUUUGGAAUAUGCAAAGUCAAGUAACACAAUGAAAAAAGCAAUGUAAUAUUUCUUAAACAAGAGUUAAAAAAACAAAAAAAAUUCUUUGACAGCUUUGGAUAGCCUUUUCGACAUGGAUGCCAUUUCAGUGUAUGGUUCUGGCACGUAUAUGCUAUCUUGAUGGAAACAUGAGGUAGCUACGACCUCAUAGGAGAGUGCGCUGACCUUGAAAGGCUCAAAUCCAUGAUGAUGAUUAUCGUUCAAGUGAUCCUUAUUGUGAUUUAGCCUCUAUGUAUACAGACAUCAAUGAUUCUUCAAUUUAGAUGGUUAAAAUCAGGUUUACAACGUUUUCAGUCAAUGUAGAUUGUAUAAUCAAAGUGACUUCCUCCGUAAGCUGAAAAAUUUUGUGAAAUUUGGCGUAUUUGCAAACCCUGUACAGUACAACUACUGUAGCCACGGCCACCUAGACAAAGUUGACAAAUCAGAUUACUGGGAAAUAACAAUGCAUUCCAAGAAAGUUGAUUGUGGGUGAAUCAGCAGCUCAUAAGAAAAUAAUGAGUUACUUGAAACACAAAAUUUAAAUAUUGAUAGCAGACGUUUCCCAGAAAGGAAAAUUUCUCAUUAGAUAAUGUUUUCCUAUCCAGAACUUUACAUAUAAUGCCCAGGGGACAUAUUUGUUUGACAGAAGCUGUUAUUUUGUCAUCAAUCAGCAAUUUCUUCACUAACAAUGCCGUUCUUUGCAAUAACGUGUGACCUCAAGGUAAAAAUAGAACUUAAGUUCCUGUUUUCACUUCUAUUAAUCACUCUAACAGACCCUUUAGAAAACACACGUUUUCUUCAGUGGGUUCAACAGGUCACAUCUGUAGCUUGUAGCUGGUUGAUUUUGAUUAAUGAUGUUGAUUUUGUUGCCUGGUAAUUUUUUUAUUUUAUUCCCUCAGAAAAUGGAAAGAACAUUGAAGUGUCCAAAGGACCAAUAAGUUUCUCAAUAAAGGCUAAAGAAACAAAGAAACCCAAAAUUGAGUACAGGACAAGUGUUAUCUACAAGCAGAGUUGUGAACAAGGUGAAAGUGAUGAGGAAGUUAAUGAGGAGGGAUCAGAAGCAGAGUGCAAGGAGAAGAGUGAAGCCAAUGGAAGAAAACCAGAACAGGAGACUGCUGUAAAUAGUGGCUCAACAUCGACAGAAAACUCAGCUCCUGAGGUGGACUCUAUUAAGGCUGCUGAAAGAAUUGGUAUGAAGGACUGUUGUAUUUUUUCUACGUAGCAUUUUAGGCCCUCGAAUACAAAUUUAUCCACAUUCAAAUUCUCCAGGUUGACAUCCAUACAUUCCCUUAAAGAUCUUGAGAAAGGAUCAACACAUUUUCCCCUGAAAGAUUAUUUUAUCAUUUCUCAUAACCUCUUCUCUUGAUAAGGUAUUGAUAUUGUUGGGAGAAGAUUGAUGUUGGUCACUCUUGGGAUUUAAAGGAUUACUACAGUUUAAACACGUGACUUGCCUAGUUCCCAGGCCUUCAAAUUGUCACUACACGGUCGAGGUGUAUCGUAUGGGUCACGUGAUGCAAGCAAAGAGUCUUUCAAUUCUUGUGUAACCGAAAUGAAUUGACCAUGCAGGCCUGGGGAAAGCUGUACAGUUGCUAGGCAACCCCUUGUUCGCGACAUUGAUUGUGGUUGAUUGAGAAAGAUUUUCGAAGGAGGUGCGGCGGUGUUGUAGCUUAUGUCACCAUAAUAUUGUAAUUGGCUCCAGGAGUGAACUUGACUGACAUUCUUAUUAUUGUACAGCCCAACAUCUGGAGUCUGAAUCAAGAGAUAAACAGCUUCAAAUAGAACGACGAAGGAAAGCGUCACUCUUCAUAAGUAUGCUCAAGAAAACCAACCCAGGAGAUGAAGUGGAAACAAACCAGUAAGAAACGUAACAAAUAGGCAACAAUAUUCCAUGAUCAUUGCAAAAUUUGAACGUUAGACGUCAUUUCUUUGAUGAAUAAGAGUGUAGACCGUGCAAAAUUGUUGUCUUUUUACUUCUUGGCUUUUACAAUAACAACGUCCAUUUCCUGCCAGAUUUCUUGAAAAGUGCGCGCGAGAGACAGAAGGUCAGAGAAAAAAUUGCGAUAUCGCGUCAUUUGAUAGACUAUAGCUCUCGACCAAUCAGGGCGCGAGAAAUCGCUCAGUUAUUUGAAAAUUAUAGUAGUAUAAUAAUAUUAUAAUGAAUAUUAAAAUUGAUCUCCUAAGCUUACAGUAGCAGUUACUGGGCCCUCAUUCACUAUUGAUUUACAAUUGUGAAUGAGACGACCCAGGCGAAAUGAUUAGUUUCAAAAAAUGUCAGUUUUACUCUUUGACUCUUCGGGCCCCAAUUUUGUUUUUAGUUUCAAAAGACUAAACUUCAUUUGAAACUAGAAAUUUUAGUUUCAAAAGAUGCUUAAUCUAAUUUAUUUAUCCUUUUUUCUUUGGCCAACUAACUUUCUUUUUUUUUACAUCGCUGUUUGUGAAAAAAGCAAACAAAAAGAAUAUACAAACUGUGAUCGUUAUUACCCGCCAUCCUUACAGAAAGCGAUGCUAUGUGGUGUCUCAGGGGGCAAAAAUCUUUUAACUUUACAUUUCUCUAGCAGCAGUUUAGGCAAAAGUUUGCACCGGUUCAAGCGCGAUUUCUAAGAAUGUACUGAUCAAGAGUGUUGAUUAGCUUUAAGUGUCACUUUGUUCAUUGGCUACCAUACUUUAUCUAUAGUAAACAUUGUAUUGAAGAAACGUAGCUAAAAGAGCAGUAUUUUUAACAGGUCUUCGCAAGAAAAUUUAGUACCAUCUGGGAGGACCAGAAAAUUUAUGGAAAAACGACAGGAUACACGGUAAUUAGUAAUUUCUGCAACUGUAAAAUAGUAGAGACAUCCAGAGAGAUUUAAAGGAAAGAAAUCUUGCGUCAAGAUAAACUUAUUGCUGUGCGUCGUGUGAAGUCAUUUCUCUUUGGACAUUUUAUCUUCCUUCUCCUCUUUCAAUGGUAUUUUUUGAUGUUGCGGUAGCUACCAGCUGCGCCGUGGUGAUCGAGAAAUAGUAAAGGAAGAGAGAGAGAACGCGCACGCGUGAACAAGGAGGGAGGAGGCACCUUCAUGCAAGUAGCUUUGCCACGCAGGUUGAUCAUGUUGUUAUUGAGUGAUCGAACUUUUAAAACCGUUUAGUUCUCGCCAACCUUCAGUUUGAGUACUUCCUUCCGUAUUUUUAUCUUUACUUGAUAAAGGCCUGGCCCCAGUUGUUCAAAAGCUGGAUAGUGCUAUCCAUUGGAUAAAUCUCUGUCCAAUGGAAAGUGCAAUUGGUUUCCCUAAUACUUAUCCACUGGAUAGAGAUUUAUCCGAUGGAUAGCGCUAUCCAGCUUUUGAACAACUGAGGCCAGGAGAGUAAUUAGAGACUUGCGCCUUCUGUCUUAGACCUGAGUCUCCUCCAGCGAAAAGAAGCCGCAUUAGCGAUGACGAUAGUGAUUCACUGAGUGGAGGAGUCGGGUCUCCAUCUCCUGGCAGCAUCCGGGUUACUCAGGUCAGUAUUGCACUGUGCAUUACUAGAACAUUAGGGCGUACACCAAGACUGCGGUAGUUUAGCCUGAGUAUCAGGCCUUCCUAAGGGGCUAGGGGAGAGGAGAUUUUAGCGAACUUCACCAACAUGAAUAAGUCGCUCUCUUUAACGAAAAUCCCCCUUUGGGAGUGGAAGAGUUGAGGCAAGACAUAUUUGGUGUGCCCCUUUCCUUCCUUUUUGUUUCUGUAUCGGUAGUUACUAAACUUUUAUAUAUAGUGCAGCCUGUGUAGCAAUCGUUUCCAUCUCUUUCUAGCCGAGCGGGGAAAGCGUCAAGUCGCCCGAGGGCACGAGGUAAAAAGGCGCUCCAGUUUUUCCUUUGUCCUCACUCGUCUCUUGCUUGGCUAAAAGGGAACAGAAAUGACUGCUACGUGUGCUAAUCUUUUUGAAACCCUUUAUUUUUAACACAGGAUUUGAUGGCAAAGGUGUUGGCCGCUUCUAGAAACAAGUGACAUGAUUGAAGCACCGAUUGCCUGACCGGGCAGAUUGGCUUUGUCACUGAAGCCUGAGUCAACCUUCAUCUCGUCACAGCUGGACUACAGAGGCCGCGCUACUUCGUAGGCUAGCCUCAAGCCUUAAGUCGAAGGAGGACAAACUCAGACAGCAGAAAGUUAACACCAUGUAACUCUGUGCCACAAGAAAUAACCUUGUACAGUGUAAACAGGUUAUGUUUAUA